AUGUCAACUCACGACACUUCGUCCCAACUUCUCAAAGUCGACAUUAUGCCUUCGGAAAAGAAACUCGGUGAUCCUGUCACAGAUACACGGCGGGACAGCGACGUCGAAAAUAUGGCUGGAACGGUCGUUGAGUCUCACGAGCUCAGGCAAGGUCUGCACCAACGACAUAUCCAGAUGAUUGCACUGGCGGGCACAAUUGGCACUGGCUUGUUCCUAAGCUCUGGUCGAGCCAUUGCCUAUGCUGGUCCACUCGGUGCCUUCCUGGCAUACCUGAUCAUUGGCUUGGCUGUUUCGAGUGUCGUCUGCGGCGUUGGCGAGAUGGGUGCUCUGGCGCCCCUCAGUGGUGGUGUUAUCCGUUACGCCGAGCUCUUCUGCGACCCUGCUCUUGCGUUUGCCAACGGAUGGAAUCAGGUCUACUCAUACAUGGUCUCUAUCCCCGCCGAGAUCGUAGCGGCGGCCGUUAUCAUCGAAUACUGGGUUACCAUCAACAGCGCCAUCUGGAUCACCGUGCUCGGCAUUCCCAUGAUUGUCAGUUCGCUGCUGGCUGUGCGCGUCUACGGCGAGCUCGAGUUCGGCUUCUCCAUAAUCAAGAUCAUGCUCAUUGUUGGCGUCAACAUCAUGGCUCUAGUCAUCACCUGCGGCGGCGGUCCAAAAGGCGAGGCCAUCGGCUUCGAGUACUGGAAAAGCCCAUACGGGCCCAUGGUUCAGUACCUAGGCAUUGCUGGGUCGCUUGGCCGGUUCCUGGGCUUCUGGAAGACACUUAACAAUGCGCUUUACGCCUACUCGGGCAUAGAGAACAUCACACUGGCUGCGGCUGAGACGAGGGACCCUCGUCGGUCUAUCCCCAUGGCUGCCAAACGUAUCUUUAUCCGCAUCGGCCUCUUCUACGUCGUGACCAUCUUCAUGAUCGGCUUGGUCGUCCCGUCCACCGACAAGAAGCUAGUACCAUGGACGGGAGACGCUUCCAUGUCGCCAUUUGUCAUUGCUGCUCAAAACGCAGGUAUCAAGGCUGUGCCGUCCAUCGUCAACGCUGUCGUGCUCACUUCGGCCUGGUCAGCGGGUAACUCCAACAUGCUUGGAGGCUCCAGAAUCCUAUACGGAAUGGCAGCUCAAGGCCAAGCCCCGUCCAUUUUCCUGCGUAUUAACAGAUUCGGUAUCCCCUAUGUCGCUGUUUCCCUCUAUGGUCUCUUCAUGGCCCUGGGAUAUAUGACACUGUCCGACUCGGCUAGCACAGUCUUCACCUGGCUGCAGGAUCUCGUCUCCAUCUCUACGCUGGUCAACUGGAUCACCAUCUGCAUCGUCUAUUUGCGAUUCGUCCAUGCCUGCAACAAGCAAGGAAUCGAUCGUCAAAAGGAGCUCCCUUGGGCCGCUCCUUUCCAGCCCUAUACCACCUACGCCUCUCUUGUCUUGUUUGUUCUGCUUUUCUUCACUGGCGGCUACACGACCUUUUUGCACGGCCAUUGGGAGAUCGAGACGUUCAUUUCAAAUUACUUCAAUUUGCCCUUCACUCUUAUCAUGUACUUCGGCUAUAAGCUUUGGUUCAAGACCAAGAUAAUUCCCUUGGAAGAUGUACAACUUCGUCAUCUGAUCGACUGUUACGAACAUGAGCCACGGGUUGAGCCAAAGCCUCGACGCGGAUUAGCAAGACUGAACUUUCUGUGGUCUUGA